GCUGUUUCCCACAAAAAUCUUCGUUCCCAGAAGCGAAGAACGCUCCGUUUUUUUUGACCGCGCGGACGUGUCGCCUGCCUCGCCUGCCUCGCCUCCGUCGCCUGCCUCGCCUGACUGCGGAGGUUCCUGUCGAUGACGCAAGACAUGAGAGAUCCAUGGACGGAGGAGAGUGAUCCGUGGCAACAGCAAGCUCCAAAGACGCAGCCCACCAGCUUCACUCCGCCCGCACCUGGCGUGAACUAUGGCAACGGAUUUCCGGCAUAUCAGCAGCCUGCCAAUAGUCCAACCUUGGCUGCAAAGAAAAGCAAGUGGCGAGAUCCUCAAAGCAACGUCUACACCAUGACCAUCAACGGUGAUGAAGUCUUCUUGGAAGGGGAGGUUCUGCAGGGAGGAAAAUCGACAGGAACCCUCAGGGAGGGUGUGCUGGAGAUAGCGGCCUUGCCUGGAAGGCACCACUACAGUGAGAGCAAGAUUACCUUGGGGGGUGUCUUUGCUGGAUUGGCGUGGACUCGACUACCAGAUACGGAAAAUGGAGGCAACCUUCGUGCCAAUGCACCCGCCUGGAACAUGCCAGACGCACUGAAUGGCACUCAACAGAACGGCUAUGCACAGCAGCCGACUUCCGAGUGGGACCAGCAGGAAUACGCUCAGCCUCAGCAGAACUAUGCUCAGCCCCAGCAGGAAUACGCGCAGCCUCAGCAGAACUAUGCUCAGCCCCAGCAGGAGUACAGUCAGCCGCAGAACUAUGCUCAGCCCCGGCAGGAGUACAGUCAGCCGCAGCCGACUUAUGAUGCUUGGAACGACACGCCGACGCCUGCAAACAAUGGCACCACGGGCUAUAGUUAUGACAAUUCUCAGCCGCAACAAGAGAGUGCAGCGCAAGACGCCUGGGGCACCUGGGGUGCUACCACCGGUGCCGCUGCACCGGCGGAGCCCGGGAACGCCGGGAACGCCGGGAACGCCUGGGCCAACUACAGCAGCUCUGCGCCCACCGACACGGCCGACGCCACGGGCGGCUGGGAAGGCUGGGGUGCGGCCAACAACGACAGGGCGAAUGAGAGCUGGGAAGAAGCCGAGAAGAGACGCUUUGCAAACUACUGGAGAGACUUCAAAGCAGUUCAGGAGUGGUAUAUCCAACAAGGAAAUCCUCCAGGGAGCAACAUGUCUGCGGAUCCCUUCGAAGGUUGCCGACAAAUGGUAGGUGAGGGAGCAGACUUUAACCUCUACGAAUCGGUGUCCACGAAAGUCAGCGGGAACAAUGCUGACAACAUAACGAAACUCGCGGAUUUCGAUGAUCUCUGGCAUCGCUAUCCAGGACGGAUCCCGGAUUCUCUCUGGGCCAACAUGCAGAAGUGUGGCUUCAAAACGCCCACACCGGUGCAAAGAUAUGCCAUUCCGAUUGGCCUCGAAGGCCGGGACAUGAUGUGCUCUGCACAGACCGGCAGCGGCAAGACGGCAGCAUUCCUGAUCCCCAUGCUGGCCAGCAUGAUCAAACACCACAAGGCGGUGGGCAGUCUGGAAGAGCCUUUCCAGGGAGCGUGCAAGCCGGAUACGUUGAUCCUGACACCCACACGAGAGCUAUGUAUGCAGACCUACGAGGACGCACUGAGAUUUUGCUACAACACCCCACACCGAUGCUACCGAGUCUACGGUCAGCAGAACGCUAAGACGCAGCUGACUGAACUGGCAAAAGGUGGGCAACAAUUUCCACCCCACAGUUAA